CAUCAAUUCAUCAUCUCAAGUCGAGUGUACGUAUUGGGUAUUGAAAUGGUGGAUAUGGCUUCUCCUCUCAGGAUAAUAAAAAACAUCGGAACCGGAGGAGGACGCCAUUCCCAGCUGUUGGACUCACUCCAUCCUCCUCCGCCGCCGCCGCCAUGUCCUCAACGGCAACCACAUCAUCCGCCGCCGCGCUCUCUUUCCCACCUCAUUCCCUCCUCUCCCGCAAAACCCAACUCUCUUUCCGGACUUACCAACGCUCUUCCCCCUUCACCAGCUCCUUCUCACCUGCCGCCGCUCUCCGAGUCAAAGCUUCUUCCUCCGACCCUUCCUCACCUUCCCCAGCCAAAGGCGGGGUUGAGAAUUUGGUAAUCAUAGGUUCAGGUCCUGCUGGAUACACUGCAGCAAUUUAUGCAGCUCGAGCGAAUUUGAAGCCGGUGGUUUUCGAGGGAUUUCAGGUUGGUGGUGUGCCUGGUGGGCAGUUGAUGACUACCACUGAAGUGGAGAACUUUCCUGCUUUUCCAGAUGGAAUCACCGGUCCUGAUUUGAUGGAUAGGAUGCGGCGGCAAGCUGAGCGUUGGGGAGCAGAACUGUACCAGGAAGAUGUUGAAUCUCUCAACGUUACGACCCAUCCGUUUGUUGUGGAAAGUAGUGAACGUAAGAUUAUAUGCCAUAGUCUCAUUUAUGCCACUGGAGCUACUGCGAAAAGGCUCAGCUUGCCUCGCGAGGAAGAGUUUUGGAGUAGAGGAAUUAGUGCUUGUGCAAUUUGCGACGGAGCAUCUCCAUUAUUUAAGGGCCAGGUUCUAGCUGUUGUUGGAGGUGGUGAUACAGCAACAGAGGAAGCAAUAUACUUAACCAAAUAUGCCCGCCAUGUUCAUCUACUUGUACGUAGGGAGCAACUCAGGGCAUCUAAAGCAAUGCAAGAUAGGGUUGAUUAUCACGAAUGUUUCAGAGUGUUCAACAAUCCAAAUAUCACUGUCCACUUCAGUACAGAGACGGUGGAUGUGGUAAGCAAUACGAAGGGCCAGAUGUCUGGUGUAUUGACUAGAAGAGUUGAUACUGGCGAGGAAGUGGUUAUUGAGGCAAAAGGCUUAUUCUAUGGUAUUGGGCACUCACCAAAUAGCCAACUGUUAGAAGGCCAAGUUGAACUUGAUCACACAGGAUACGUGUUAGUUCGGGACGGUUGUGCAACAACUUCUGUGGAAGGUGUAUUUGCGGCUGGAGAUGUACAGGACCAUGAAUGGAGGCAAGCUGUCACUGCUGCUGGAUCAGGAUGCAUUGCAGCUUUAUCAGCAGAAAGAUAUCUUGUGAGCAAUGAUCUGCUUAUCGAGUUCCAUCAGCCUGCAACCGAAGAGGUUAAGAAGGAACUGACUGACAAAGAUGUUCAGGAGGGCUUUGACAUUACCCGCACAAAGCAUAAGGGCCAGUAUGCUCUAAGGAAGUUAUAUCACGAAAGUCCAAGGCUUGUAUGUGUGUUGUACACAUCACCAACUUGUGGUCCAUGCAGAACUUUAAAGCCAAUUCUAAGCAAGGUGAUUGAUGAAUAUGAUCAAAAUGUACAUUUUGUUGAAAUUGACAUCGAGGAAGAUCCAGAAAUAGCUGAAGCUGCUGACAUUAUGGGGACACCAUGUGUUCAGUUCUUUAAGAAUAAAGAGUUACUCAGGAAGGUGCCCGGGGUGAAGAUGAAGAAAGAGUAUAGAGAAUUCAUUGAAGCAAAUAAAUAAGAUCCCUUAGAAACCUUUUUCAGCAGGGCCCCAUUUUGUGAAAUGUGAUAGUUUAGUUGAAUAUUGCCCCCAUAUUCUUCAUGCUGUGAUCUUUUACAUCAGCCCCUCGCAUUGUGCCAUUAUUAUACAUGAUGAGAUCCAAUGCAAUUUUUAGGAUGCCAUUGUGCAAAUUUCUUAUAUCUACGCAAGAUGUUUGGCAAUACUUCCAUGGGAAGGGUGUCUUCUCUAAUACAGAAGGGUAUGAAAGCGUGUGUUUUGGGUUUCAAAGCUUGUCGCAGCUUGUAUCAUUCAAGAACUGAAUGUAGUUGUUACUUCUGUUUCCCCUUCUGUUACAAUAUGAUAAUGACCAUAUUUUGCCCUUGGGGUUAAAACUGGUUGGUGUCUCUGCUACUAGGUAACUUGAUUAUCAGUUGAGACCUCCCUUCGGGUAAAUUCUGCGGAAUGGUGAUGAUAUUCUCUGCUUGCAGCGAAGUGUAAUGACUAGGAAUAGCCUGUAACAUAGCAGCAAGGAGAAGAGAGCUAUUACAUCCCACCAUUUCGAGUACUGCAGGUC